UUGGUCACCUGCAACUGCAAAAGAACAAAUUUCAGUUUCCGCCCCCCUCCAAAACCAAUGUUUCGCAAUCACCUCCUCUCUCCCUCCCUCCGCACCUGCUUUGCAAAAUCUGCGAGCUUCAAACCCUAUCGGGUAUUAGACUUUUUUGACCAAUUCUGCGAUAAAAGCAUUGAUCAUUGAAGUAUAAAUACUAUAUCUUGUCGUUCAUCACCGCUGCAGUGUCUUGAUGAACAUUUCUUCCCGGAGGAGAAAACCCAAUCGUCAAGGAACUUGUGUUGGGAGAAAUUACAGUUUCUUUCUUGAAACUGGAUAGUGCUGUUCACAUUUGAAGAGUUGCUCGAGGAAUAGGUUUUUGCCCAGGGAAUGGCCCUUUGAGUUGAAUGACUUUACCAAGAUGGGGAUGACAUUCCGCAGUGGAGCCUUUAGAAAACCAAAUCACAGGGGCAGAUUUAUAAUUGCAGCCACAAUGGGGAUGGUCUUUGGAUAUUUUAUUGGAAUUUGUUUUCCCCUGGUUUCUCUGUCUGAGAUUAACUGGCCUUCAAGUCUUGUGAAAAAUCUCAAUGUACCCUUCAUCUAUCGUCAUAGACAUAAAAGCCGCCACAUACCUGAAAUGCGUGUUUCAACUGAUCCUGAACCACCUAAGAUAUAUGUUACAACAAAUCCUCCUGGUGCGGAGUCACUACCGCCAGAAAUUAUAGUAUCAGAGUCAGAUUUUUAUCUGCGACGAUUAUGGGGUGAACCCAGCGAGGAUUUGAAAAAGAAGCCAAAAUACUUGGUAACAUUCAUAGUUGGUUUGGAUCAGAUGAAUAACAUUGAUGCAUCAGUGAAAAAGUUUUCUGAGGAUUUCCAAAUAAUGCUUUUUCAUUAUGAUGGCUGGACAAGUGAGUGGGAUCAAUUUGAGUGGUCAAAGAAGGCAGUUCAUGUCAGCGUAAGGAAACAGGGAAAAUGGUGGUAUGCAAAGAGGUUUUUGCAUCCUGAUAUUGUGGCAGUUUAUGACUACAUUUUCAUCUGGGAUGAAGAUCUUGGUGUUGAACACUUCAAUGGUGAUAAGUAUAUGAAACUGGUUAAGAAAUAUGGUUUGGAGAUUUCUCAACCGGGUAUCGAGCCCAAUGACAGACUACAAUGGCAGUUGACAGAAAGGAGAGGUGACAGAGAAGUUCACAAAUGUGUUUGGAUGGAUAUGCAUCCUACAGGCAUAAGGAGUACAGAAGAGAAAUCAAGCUGGUGCAGUAGCCCAAAUUCACCUCCUUGUGCUGCAUUUGUGGAGAUAAUGGCUCCUGUUUUUUCUCGGAAGGCAUGGCGUUGUGUUUGGCACAUGAUUCAGAAUGAUUUGGUGCAUGGCUGGGGAUUGGACUUUGCCCUUAGGAGAUGUGUGGAGCAUCCACAUGAAAAAAUUGGUGUAGUUGAUUCACAGUGGCUCAUUCAUCAAUUGAUUCCAUCAUUGGCAAAACAGGUCAAGCCUGAGAAGGAUAAAGCUCCAUGGCAAGUGGUGCGGCGAAGGGAGAGAAAUGAGUGGGCUGAGUUCCAGGAACGGCUUGCCAAUGCGGACAAGGCAUAUUUUGCGCAUAUCGCCUAGGAUAAACUUUGAAAAUGGCCUGAGAGAUGAGGUCCCCAUGGGGGCCGUGCCCCCGUCUUUCUUGUACAUUGCGUUUGUUCUCUUCUCUCUCUCUCUCUCUCUCUCUCUCUCUCUCAUGUAUCAAUAUCAGGCCUGAGCCCCAGUUUCUUUUACAUGGUGUUUUGUAAUUAUAGGCAUUCUAAUAACUAACCCUUAAUAUAUAUAGCCUGACAUUUUCAAUCAGAA